GCCAGUGCCUUCUGUCAGAUCUCAAGCAAGAGGGUUCACAAGGAUUUGGAAGCUUCAGAAUACCUGCAAAGAUCAUGACCAUAAAGUACAUCAUGGACAUUGCUGCAUGAAGGCAGACUUUCCAUCACGCAACUUUAUUAUUGCAAAAGCAUGUGUUGUUGAAUUUAUGUUAAACCUUUGAGUUUCUACAAAAAUGGGUGAGAUGAAGAAAGAAGAUAUUGAGAAAUAUCUAGAAAACAACCCACAGUUUGCCAAGGAAUACUUUGACAAAAAACUUCGAAGUGAAACUGUUGGGGCUCUGUUUAACAGCAAAGAAUUGGUUUUAAAAGAUGGCGUUUCAUUUCGUGAGAUGACCAAGAUAGAAGAGGCAGACAUAUUGUUAGAGCUGAUAAAAGAAAUCCAGGAUGACUGUAACAUGGAGAAGACUGUUCACAAAGUCCUUCAGAGGAUGGCAUAUCUGCUGCAAGCAGACUGUUGUAGCAUGUUUGGAUUCCGGUCACGAAACGGUAUCCCAGAGCUGGCUACGAGGCUCUUCAAUGUUACAAAGAGCUCGAAAUUUGAAGACAACUUAGUAGCUCCUGAAAGUGAAAUUGUGUUCCCUUUGGACAUUGGGAUUGUGGGAUGGGUUGCUCACACUAAGAAAUCCUUUAAUGUUCCUGAUGUGAAAAAGAACACCCACUUUUCAGACUUUGCAGAUAAGCAAACUGGAUACACUACAAAAAAUUUACUGGCAGCGCCAAUCUUACAGGGGAAGGAAGUCCUGGCUGUUAUGAUGGCUGUUAACAAACAGAAUGCUGCUGAAUUUUCAAAAGAGGAUGAAGAGGUUUUCCACAAAUAUCUCAACUUCAUAUCCGUUGUUCUUAAAUACAAUCACAUCAACUACCUCCACAAUAUUGAAACAAGGAAAAGUCAGGUGCUCCUCUGGACAGCCAACAAGGUGUUUGAAGAAUUAACAGAUAUUGAAAGACAGUUCCACAAGGCCCUUUACACAGUCAGGGUGUAUCUGAAUUGUGAGAGAUAUUCUGUUGGUUUGCUGGACAUGACAAAAGAAAAGGAGUUCUAUGAAGAAUGGCCAAUCAAACUUGGAGAAGUACCACCUUACAAAGGGCCAAAGACUCCAGAUGGAAGGGAAGUCAUUUUUUACAAGAUAAUUGAUUAUAUUUUGCACGGAAAAGAAGAAAUUAAAGUUAUCCCCACGCCACCAGAGGAUCAUUGGAGCCUCGUCAGUGGGUUGCCAACAUACGUUGCCGAAAAUGGAUUUAUUUGCAAUAUGAUGAACGCACCAGCAGAUGAGUUUUUCAAAUUUCAGAAGGAGGCCGUGGACGAAACUGGUUGGACCAUUAAAAAUGUGCUCUCUCUGCCAAUUGUAAACAAGAAAGAAGAAAUUGUGGGAGUAGCUACAUUUUACAACAGGAAAGAUGCAAAGCCCUUUGAUGAAUACGAUGAACAAAUCACUGAAGCUCUGACACAGAUCCUGGGUUGGUCUGUUCUGAACACUGACACAUAUGACAAAAUGAAUAAACUUGAAAACAGAAAGGACAUUGCCCAAGAAAUGCUUAUGUAUCAACUGAAGUGCACUCCUAAGGAACUUCAAAGCAUUUUGAAAACCAAGGAGAAGUUAAAUAAAGAGGUCGAAGAAUGUGAAGAGACCGAACUCUUGAAAAUAUUGAAAGAGGAGCUGCCAGAUCCCAUCACUGCUGAACUCUAUGAAUUCCACUUCAGUGACCUCCCGGUGUCAGAACACGACCUCAUCAAAAGUGGGAUUCGACUAUUUUUUGAGAUCAAUGCUGUUGACAAAUUUAAAGUGCCAGUAGAGGUUUUAACAAAGUGGAUGUAUACUGUCAGAAAAGGAUAUCGUGACAUAACCUACCACAACUGGCGACAUGGAUUUAAUGUGGGACAAACAAUGUUCACUUUGUUAAUGACAGGUAAGCUAAAGAAAUAUUAUUCUGACCUGGAAGCCUUUGCUAUGGUGGCUGCUGCAUUCUGCCAUGAUAUUGAUCACAGAGGGACCAAUAACUUGUACCAAAUGAAAUCUCAGGCGCCUCUAGCAAAACUUCAUGGUUCUUCCAUCUUGGAAAGACAUCAUUUAGAAUUUAGUAAAACGCUGUUGCAAGACGAGAGUAUAAAUAUUUUCCAGACCUUGAACAAGCGACAGUUUGAAAACGUGAUCCAUUUGUUUGAAGUUGCGAUAAUUGCAACUGACUUAGCUUUGUAUUUCAAGAAAAGGACUAUGUUUCAGAAGAUCGUUGAUACUACAGAACAAAUGCAAUCAGAAGAUGAAAGAAUAAAGUACAUUAUCUGUGACCCAACCAAAAAGGAGAUUAUCAUGGCAAUGAUGAUGACAGGGUGUGACUUGUCAGCCAUAACUAAGCCAUGGGAAGUACAAAGCAAGGUAGCCCUGAUGGUUGCUAAUGAAUUCUGGGAGCAGGGAGAUCUGGAGAGAACAGUUCUUCAGCAACAACCAAUUCCUAUGAUGGACAGAAACAAAUCAGAUGAGUUGCCCAAGCUUCAAGUUGGUUUCAUUGAUUUCGUAUGUACCUUUGUCUACAAGGAAUUUUCAAGGUUCCACAAAGAGAUUUUACCAAUGUACGACGGGCUUCAGAACAACAGAGUUCAGUGGAAAUCACAAGCUGAUGUUUAUGAGGAAAAGAUGAAAAUUCUAGAUGAACAGAAGAAGAAAGAAGAACCAAAUGGUGGAAAUCCAGGCCAAGGUGGGGAGCUAGUCAAAUCAAAAACCUGCACACUUCUGUAGAAAAAAAGAAUUCAGGAGAACCAGUUGGAAUACGAUCUGGAGCCCAGAAUGGACAGCAAAGUAUCUUCAAGCAAGAAAUUCCAUGGUAGAAAAAGUGAGGGCUAACCUGUAGCAUGUCAGCUGGUGCUUUACUGCAACUCCCAGCGUUCUGCAUCUGAAUGUUGGGAACUGUAGUUUAACAACAGCUCAGGUGCCACAGGUCAACUGUCACACGGUGGGAAAAUGAGACAAGACUGUCGUACAAUAAGCAGUUUUUGCCCCUAAAUUAACUGUAGGCACCAAUGACCAAAUAGUUGCAUUAUAACCCAGCAAACACGAUACUGCUAAAGGCCUAAGAAGACAAAUUAAAUGGUGACCGAGAGUAAAGAGUGGUGAGAGCUUCAGAUGUGACAUACGUAGCUUUAAAUACAGAAUGCUGUAAACAAGUAAAGGGGUAGGCAAAAAGAGACAAUAUGGAAUGGUUCUACUGGAUCCACAGUAUGGGGCACAGCAUUCCAAACUGGCACAUAGGCAAGAUCUCAAAUCUUCCAGAUAAAUAUAUAGAGUAGUUUCUUUUUUGAAAUUGGGAUUUUUCUUUGCCACUUCCUAGUAGCCUAGGGUGUUUUUUUUACACCUGUGCUUGUACUCUAAUCCACAAACAAUAUCUAGAUAUAAUAUGAAAUUUCUAUAUGAUUGGACUUAACUAAAGUACAAAACAGUAGCGCAGAUUGACCUUACAUUUUUACCCAAAAUCCAUGGCAUUUAAACGGCACAAUUCUGCUACUUUUUGUAAAUGAGUCCUGAUCCGUGCUCUGCAGCCGAGACUACAUCCCUGUGUCACUUUUUACCUAAGGCACUGAAAUGCAUGACGAUUGUACAAUACCGAUAGCAUUACAGUAAAUGGUAGUUCAUAUGUUGUUUAAUAUUCUUAAUAUUGUUCUUUAUGAUUUUGUGAAUGUCAUUCAUUGCACAGGAACCAACAUCCAAUUCCCCUUUAUUUUAGAAAAUGUACCAUAAACAAAAUUAGCAAGUAAAAAGAGAACUACUACCUAAAAUUGUCUCUUUUGGAAAUUCCCCACCUGACGCUAUUUUAUAAGGGGAAGUUGAAAGAAGUACAAAAUAUUUGAGUUAUAUUAUAUGAGACACACAUUUGGCAGCUUUUUCUGUAGGGGUUGUAAGGGAUAUAUAAAUCCCAGCCUUAUAAGGUGUAUAAAUGCCAUUUGUGGUGUCUGAGGGAUACAGAGGUUACUGAUAAUGGCUAAGAAGCUGAUAAUGGACUCAAACAAAGGUGGCUAUGUAAGCACCAUUAUGGCCUCACUAUCAUUUAUCUAUGUAUACCUCAGGAUGUAGAUGUGAUUCCAUCAGAGUUGAUCUGUUCAGGAAGAGAACAUGACCUGCCAUUGCCUGUUGUAUAAUCAAUAUUUAUAGAUCUAGAAGUGGAGGAUCCAUAAUAUAACUUUGGCAAAAUUAGAAGCACCUUAGCACUGAGACUAUGGCUGUCUUUAAAGGGGUAGUUCACUUUUAAGAUAACUUUUAGAAUGUUAUAGAAUGUACUAUUCCUAGCAACUUAGCAAUUUGUCUCCAUUAUUUAUUUUGUAAUAGUCUUUAAACUAUUUGCCUUCUUCUUGCCAGCUUUCACAUGGGGGUCACUAAAAAAAAAACUAUUGCUCUGUGGAGCUACAAUUUUAUGUUUAUUGACACUUUUUAUUCCAAAUCUUCCUAUUUAGUCCCUUUUCUACAAAUAUUUCAGUUUCUCAUUUAAACUACUGCCUGGCUGCUUAGGUAAACAAAACACUGGCAACCAGAUAUCUUCUGAAAUUCAUAAUAAAUGAAAACCAACUGCAAACUACCUAUUUUAACCCUGCAGAUAUGCCCAGAUGUUCAUGAUUGGAGGGUUAGAUGUGUACGGGUGAACAUCAGGCGACUGUAGAAUUACACACUUUACAUUUUCUUUCUGUGUAUGAACUGAUUACACUUGCAACUGCUACCAUGAUGACAUGAAAAAUGCCCAUGAUCAGCAGAGCGACUGGCUUAUGUUCUGAAUAUUACUUUUAAAGAUAUUUUACAUUUCAGUGUUCUUCUAAGAUAUACGGUGUUAUGGUUGUAUGAUUUUUUGAGGGACUUUCAACUACAAAAUACACUGCAUUUACAUUUAUACAUUUUGUAUGAAAACACACUCUGGAUCUUCCUGCAGUCGACAAUAAAGUGACAUUAUAAACAA